AAAAUGAGGUUCUUAGGCAAGCCAACCCAUUCGAAUUUUGAAUUCAUUAUUGCAGAACCUCAUGUUUUCCAUUUUGAAGAAUUAGGGAGAGUUUUGAAACAAGAAUUGAAUUUUGAUUCAGAAGGAUAUUCUCAAUGUCAACUACAGGAUUAGUUAAAAGGUGACUGAUCCAAGAUUCCAAGUUUAAGCUUCACUUAUUAGGCAAGUUCUUUUUUCAACAAGUAGGAGCUGGAUGCUUUGAUAUUAAUGCUUCCUUUCAUGCAAGAGGUGAAGCUUUUGGAUCUGUCAUAGACUCAUAGUUGCAGCUACAACCAUCUACCCUCCAAAGAAUGCUCUCUCUGGACAUGGAUUUUCUUUGAGUUUUUCUUGUAACUUCCCCUGAUCAAUUCGCUUAAUCAAGGACAAUUCAAGGAUAUUUAUGAAAGUGGAUGGAGUAAUGCUUCGAGGCAGCAUUACGUGAAAAUCAUUUCAAGGAUUCCUUUGUUGUAUAUAUCCUUCCAUCUGGUGUUGAGAGAAGUCUUCAUGAACUCACACAUGAACUGCAUGGGGCUUGGACUUUGAAAUAUAUCAAGUCAGGGGAGCUUUAAAUAAUGGCUAGUUGCUAGUUUUGAUCAUCAUUGCAAAAACAGUAGAGAGACAGUGAGGGUGAGUUGCAACAGCAGCAAGUAAGCUCAGUAGAUUAGUUAGUUCUGCCAGAUGAUCAACAGUGAUUUGGUCUCCAGUUCUUCUUGGAACACACUGAGCACACUUGGUGAGAUUUAUCCCAAUUUGAUGGGAGAUUUUGACUUCCAGCUUUAUUAUGGUGAUGACUAUGACAUUAGUGAUCCAAGAAUUUAUUCUUGAUGAUUUAUUGUUAUGUACAACCUCUGUUGUUUCCUAAAGCAGAAGAAACUUUGUUGUUGAGUUUGAUUAUUUUCCGUUUAAUUGGGUACAGAGAGAAGAAGAAUACUUGUUGAGUGUGGUAUUUGGUAAGCCUCUUUGGAACAGUGUAUUAUACAUAGAUUGGUUUUUUAUCCAUGCAUCCCCAAGCUUGAAAAGCU